AUGGCUUCCCGUGUCCUUGUCUUUGGUCUUCCCCAGUCCCUCCCUCCCCUUCCUCCGGGGCCUGGUCCUUCCUGUGUCCCCUGUGUCGAGGGGCGGCUCCGGGCUGCCCCUCACUCCUCUCAGUUUCCCCCGACAGAGGCCCCGCUGCAGACGCUUCACAUGGACGUGUGGGGCCCCGGCCCACCCUUGCUGUGGACGGGGAAGGUCGGCGAUGCGUCUGCGUUCCGUGUCUGGGGAUCUCGGGCGUUUGUCCGCGACUUGUCUGCGGACAAGCUGUCCCCUCGUGCUGCUCCCUGUGUCUUCCUUGGCUUCCCCCUGACGCACCAGGGUGGCAGUUCUACCACCCCCCCCUCUCGUCGUGUUCUGUCCUCCCAGGACGUCACGUUUGACGAGUCGGUCCCCUACUACCGUCUCUUCCCCUACCGCACUCCUUCCCUCCCCCCGCCGCCGCACUUCCUUGUGCAAGGUCCCCCCCAGGUAGAUCCCCUCCCCCCUCAGGGUCCUGCCCCUUCAGGUGUGUCCCAAAUAGACGCAGUCGAGCCGGUCGAGGUUGCUGGUGACUCUGGUACUGCUGUGGGUGCUGAGCAUGGGGGUGCUGACUCUGGGGGUGCUGCGCGAGUGGGUGCUGAGCCUGGGGGUGCCGAGCCUGGGGGUGCUGCGACUUGGGCUGCUGAGCCUGGGGGUGCUGCGUCUGGAGCUGCGGAGCCUGGGAGUGCUGAGUCUGGAGCUGCUGAGCCUGGGGGUGCGGAGCCCGCGGCCGCUGGACCUGCUCGUGUGACGUCUGGCGGUGCUAGGCCUGGUGGUUCUCCGGGUGCUUCGUCUCGGCGGGAGCCACUCUCUCCACAGGAACUGCGCGAAUGGUUUGCCCGGCGCUGUAGGCGUACUGGUGGAGCUGGUGCUUCUUCGGCUGCUAAGGGUGCUGGUGCCGCCGGUCUCGGAGGUGCUAGUCGUGGGAGUGCUGAAGCUGCUGGGCCUGCGAGUGCGACUGGAGUCUGCGCUGCUGAGGGUGUUGGCGCUGAGGCUACUGCUGUCAGUCCUGGCGGCGGUCCUGCUGCGGGUGCUGCUGGUGCUGCUGGAGGUCCUGGAGCUGGAGGUGCUGUUGGCGCUGGUGCUGCCGUUGGGGGUGCUGGUGCUGUCCCUGCUGUGUCUGGAGUCGCCGCGCGGCCUCGGCCGUACUUUGUUCCGCUCCUUCAGCAGGUUCAUGGUCUUCCUCCUCCCUUAGAGUGUCCACCGCCUGUCCAGUCACAGUCACAGUUACCGCCGGCCUCCCCACUGCCUUCUCCUUCUCCUUACAUUGGUCCUACUGGAGGUCUUGCUGAGCGUCGUGAGCCUGCGUCUCGUCCUGCGUCGCCUGUUCGUGCUGCUCGCGCUAGUGGUCGCGGUUCACGUCAGCGUCCUCCUCCUGUCCCUGGCAUGCACCGGAUGUCUUUGCGUCCGUCCACUGCUCCUCUGCGUGCCCCAAUGCCUUCUCCUCCUGCGUCCUCUCUUCCUGAGCUUGCCGACCCGGAGUCGGACUCUCUUCGUGCUGCCAGUCCUACUGUCACGCGUCUCCUUGCUACUGUCGUCACUGACCCCUCCUUUGAGUCCACUACUGCGUCUGCUCUAGUUACUGAGCUCGUCGACUUUGCUGCUCGCUGUCGUCUAGACUACGCUGCUAGUCUUGUUUCUGAGUCUGCGUCUGUCUAUCCUCCGUCCGUCGGGGGUGAGUGUGCUCUUGGCACAGACGUCCUUGAGGACAGGCAGGAGGAGUUCCAGUGUCUGGCUGCUGCUUCACCUCAUCUCGCGUCCGUACUGCUUACCCCUGAGGGAGACCCGGAUGCACUAGACAUCCCGACUCCGCGCUCUUACGUGGAGGCCGUAGAGGGUCCCUACUCCUCUCAGUGGCAUGCAGCUAUGGAUGCAGAGAUGGCUUCCUGGAAGUCCACAGGCACCUACGUUGACGCGGUUCCCCCUCCUGGGGCGAACAUCGUCAGUGGCAUGUGGAUCUUCAGGGUGAAGCGGCCGCCGGGCUCUCCGCCUCUCUUCAAGGCGCGGUACGUGGCUCGUGGCUUCAGUCAGCGGCAGGGAGUUGACUACUUUCAGACCUUCUCUCCCACCCCGAAGAUGACCACUCUUCGGGUGCUGCUACACAUAGCCGCUCAGCGUGACUACGAGCUUCACUCUCUUGACUUCAGCACUGCUUUCCUGCAGGGUAGCCUGCACGAGGAGAUCUGGCUGCGCCGUCCACCUUGCUUCACUGGGACUUUCCCUCCUGGCACCCAGUGGAGCCUCCGACGGCCUGUCUACGGUCUCCGCCAGGCACCACGCAAGUGGCACGACACACUGAGGACUACGCUUGCGGCUCUUGGGUUUGCUCCCUCUACUGCUGACCCGUCGUUGUUUCUGCGCACCGACACCUCUCUACCGCCGUUCUACAUCCUCGUGUACGUCGACGACUUGGUCUUUGCCACAGCUGACACUGCUGGACUCGCCCACGUGAAGUCCGAGCUGCAGAAGAGACACACGUGCACAGACCUAGGUGAACUGCGCAGCUACCUUGGCUUGCAGAUCACCCGGGACAGAGCACGCCGCACCAUCACCUUGACUCAGUCACACAUGGUGCAGCAGGUCCUUCAGCGCUUCGGCUUCACGUACUCCUUGCCUCAGGCCACUCCUCUGUCUACUCGCCACUCGCUCUCAGCUUUCCCUUCGGAUGAGUCCGUAGAGUCGAGUGGCCCGUACCCAGAGCUUGUUGGCUGCCUCAUGUACCUGAUGACCUGCACACGACCUGACCUUGCAUACCCUCUUAGCAUUCUUGCUCGCUAUGUUGCUCCUGGGAGACACAGACCGGAGCACAUGGCUGCAGCGAAGAGGGUGUUGCGCUACUUGUGCAGUACGUCGGACAUGGGGCUAGUGCUUGGAGGGCGCAGUCCAGUGGUCCUCACUGGGCACGCGGACGCUUCUUCGGCUGACGACCAGGCUACGCAGCGGUCGUCACAGGGUUACACCUUCAGUCUUGGUUCCGGCUCUGUUUCGUGGCGGGCUACUCGCUCGUCUUCUGUUCUCGGCUCGAGUUGUGAGGCUGAGAUCUACGCCGGGGCCAUGGCUGCACAGGAGCUUCGCUGGCUCACCUACCUGCUGACUGACCUCGGAGAGCCGCCUCGUUCUCCUCCGGUGCUGUACGAAGACAACAAGGCCAUGCUGGCCUUGUGUCAAGAGCAGCGCCUGGAGCACAGAACGAAGCACAUUGCUCUCCGAUACUUUCUUGCUCGUGAGCUGCAGCAGCGUGGUCAGAUGCGACUUGCGUACGUGGCCUCUGAGGCCAACACUGCUGAUGUUUUCACCAAGGCACUUCCGCCUUGUGAUCAUCAGCGCUUCUGCACUCAGCUGGGCCUUGUGCCUGUCUUGCCUCACUUGCUCACCUCUUGA